AUGCGAGAAGAGUUCCUACACCAAUUCGAAGCACUCCGUCAGGCAAAUGAAACCAGCGUUGCCCAGAUUGCAUUACUUCAACAGCAAAACGACACCCUUCAAACGACUAUGGCUCAGUUGACACCUCAACCACCACCAGUUGAUGUGAUUGCGCCUUCUCCCAACCAAAACGAGCCUCAGGUCAAUGGAGUUCGGCUUAAUGAAGUUCGGCCCAGCGAAGUUCAGCAAGAGCAGAGGACAAGGUCCGAGGCGGUAGCUUCAAACAAUCUUCCUUGUCACACACAGGACGAACAGGCCAAGUCCAGCCAUAAGCUUACGGUAUGGUCUAAUGGUGUUCCAGAUGGUGCAGAAGUAAAGGAGGCCUUUGACGAGAAGAGACUCCUGAGAAUUCAAACAUCUGCCGAGAUGGCCAGGGAACACAAGAAUUCUCUCAUUAAAACCCCAUUCACUGACGAUGUGUACCUUGUUGACAGACCUAAGAAAUUCACUAUGCCUUCCUUUACCCAGUUUGAUGGUACGGGAGAUCCUUCUCGGCACCUAGAUCACUACGCACAAAAGAUGGCUCUAGACGAUCACAAUGACCCAUGGAUGUGCAAAGUUUUUCCUACCAGUCUAACAGGGGCUGUGCUGGAGUGGUUCAGGAAUAGGCCACCCAAAUUUAUUCCAGACUAUGAAACUCUGUGCACUAUGUUCCUGGCGCAGUACUGCGGUAAUAAAAGACAAAAGAAGAGUAUUGCUAGCCUUUUCACUAUAAGGCAAAAGAAAAGUGACACAUUACAGGAUUUUUUGUCCAGAUUUAACAUGGAGGCUUCGAAAAUAGCAGAUUGCCAUCCUGCCACAGCAAUAGAAACGUUCAAACUUGCAAUGAUUCAGGGAACCAAGUUCUAUACAUCCCUAGUUAAGUAUUCCCCUCUGGAUAUGCAAACUCUCAAUGCUAGGGCACAGAUCUACAUCCGGCUUGAGGAGAAUGUGGCCCACCGAGCGCAACAAGCCACCCUCGUCACAGUGGAGAACAAGCCUCAGGAAAGGGUUUCAAACUCAAAAAGCCAAAAAAGCCACAACGCUUUAUCGCCAGCCAUUUAA